AUGUCCAAGUUUUUCAAGACAACUUCUUGGAUAUAUUUUCUAGCAUUCAUAGAAUUGCUGUUAUCUCCUUCUGGAGCAUCAGCAUACAGUGUGGUUAGAUUUGGAGCCAAAGGGGAUGGUAGAACAGACUCAACCUCGGCUUUUAUCAGGGCAUGGAUGCAAGCUUGCAGCUCGGUUAGACCUGCUACAUUAUCCGUUCCUCGUGGCACAUUCUUGGUAAGAUCAAUCACAUUUACUGGUCCAUGCAGAAACAGGAUCCAGUUUGCAAUACAUGGAAAACUUGUUGCUCCUGAUAAUUAUUACGCCAUUGGCAACUCGGGAUACUGGAUUCAGUUUCAUAAAGUCAGUAGGUUAUCGAUUAUCGGGGGAACAAUCGAUGCGAAAGGUGCCGAUUUCUGGUCAUGUCGAAGCCGUGGACAAAGUUGCCCUCAAGGAGCAAGGUCGAUAUCGUUGCAGUGGUGCAACGUUCGCGGUUUGACAUCGUAUAACAGUCAGAUAAUGCACAUUUCCAUCAACCAUAGCAAUGAUGUGAAGAUACAGAAUGUGAAAAUAAAUGCUCCAAGUGGAAGCCCCAACACUGAUGGCAUUCAUGUUGAGUACUCAAUGGGUGUUACCAUCACAGACAGUACAAUUAGAACAGGAGAUGACUGCAUAUCACUUGGUCAAGGAUCCAUGAAUGUGUGGGUUGAGCAAAUUGGAUGUGGCCCUGGACAUGGCAUCAGCAUUGGCAGCUUAGGCAACAGUUUCAAUGAAGGUGGAGUCCAAAAUGUGACUCUGACAAAUUCUGUUUUCACAAAGACACAAAAUGGUGUGAGGCUGAAGUCAUGGGCAAGGCCUAGUGGUGGCUAUGCAAGGAACAUUGUUUUCGAAAAUCUCAUUAUGAGGAAUGUUGGAAAUCCCAUAAUCAUUGAUCAAAAUUAUUGUCCAAACAACAUGUGUCCUCAUCAGCUUCUGGAUUCUGUGGGUUCAGUGAAAAAGGUUUUCAUUAAGAAUGAGUCUCAAUUAAUAACUCCAAUUCUUGGUUCCUAA